AGCCCACAGGCUGCAGCCAGUAGGUAGGAGAGAUGGCGUGAGAAGAGCUCAGCGCCAUGGCAGCUGCGAAGCCAACGAUCAAUGCCCACAUUCCGAAGACGGAAAUCCUGACCAAGCACAGAGUCAUCCGGUUCGGCUCGACCUACAAGCCGGCAGAUGAGAAAGAGGCAAAGCUCUAUUCCUACCUGCACCAGCGCGCCGACCUGAAAGUGUCUCGAGGAAGCAUCCCCGUGGGUUUCUUUGCCCUGAUGCCCUUGGACGAGGGCCAGCCGCUGUACUUGGAAACUCGCUGGGGCGGCAAUACCGAAAACGCGGGCCCGCAGUUCCAGAUCAGCUGGCGAGCCGAGAAAGAGGUGAUUCCGCCUUUGGACAGCCUGAGCGAUGGCUGGUACAACGACUUGGAUGACCUCUGGACCAAUGUCUUGUCCUACUUCGAGAAGCGGGGCAUUCUGAGCGAGGAGACCUUGGAGUAUUUGGAUGCGGACCCUUUUGUCCUCUUUGGCAUUGAUGACCCCUUGACACAGCAGGCGUUGCUGAAGCUCGAGCGGUUCCCGGCGCUCAUGUGCGAUGGGGCGGUGCCGACGCUCGAGGAGUGGUCCUACUACCUGCGGAUCCAGGCGAAGGAGCGGAUGCUGUGGCUGGUGCGGGCCAUGAUGGAGACAGAGCUGCCGAAGCCCUGGACUUGCUACAAGGGGAUCGGCAGCAUCGUGUGCUACCUGCGCUCCGACACGGGCCAGGUGACCUGGAAGCACCCCUUCUACGACUACUUCCGUCAGCUGCGGGACUUCUGUCGCCAAGCCUCGCAGGAGGAGGUCAUGCAGGUUCGCUGCAACCGGCUGCUGUGGAGCUAUGAGGCAACGCGGGUGGAGGCUGAGCACGACCACGAGCCGCUGAUCUCCCCCAGCUACGUGGCGCGCAUGGCGGACAUCUUCGGCUUCGACGUGAAGAGCCAGGGCUGUGUGGUGCGGAACUGCAAGGCUCAGCUCAAGGUCUUCGCCAAGGCCUACCGCAGCAAGCAGGACAUUGAUGUGGGGCUCAUCUACGAGUGCGACGAGAUGUUGCAGCGCGACGUGGCCAAGUACAGCGAGAUGGUGGCGCACUGGUCUGGGGAGGUGAAGGAGGAGGUGAGGUUCGACCUCAACAAGCUGGCGGCCGGGGAGAUGCACUGCGUGAACUGCAAGACCACCGCGCUGAGCUUCUGCCUGGAGUGCAAGGACUACCUGUGCCUCAAGUGCUACGGGGAGCUGCACAGCAAGGGCUCCCGCAAGGACCACGCGCCCUUCUGUCUGGUGCCCUGCGCGCUCUGCGUGGUGCUGCCAGCGAAGAUCCACUGCACCUUCACCGACAAGUCCCUGUGCCACAAGUGCUACGCCAUGAACCACAUCAAGAUGCUGCCUUUGGAUGGCAAAGAGAACCAGCCGCGACGCAUCAACUACGUGGAGCAGUACAACCGCUAUGCCGAGUUUGCGAAGGAGCGAGUCAAGAAAAUGGCCAUCCAGCCUGAUGACAUCCCCACGCUGGAUGACUCUGCCUACGAGUCUGUGUUGAGCACAGACUGGCAUCCCUUCUAUGAUGCGCGGGGGGUGAAGUACUACCACAACUUCGCCACCGGGGAGCGGAUGCGCCAGAGCCCGCGCCGGGUGCCCAAUACGGACGACCUGGGGGCCGAAGCCACGGCCCCCACGGCGCAGGACGUGACCAAAAUCAUGGAGACCACCACCGAGCUCUUGAAAGGCGAUGAGCCCGCCGAGCCUAAGAUGGGCUCCAAAACGGGCUCCAAGGUGGGCUCGAAGACUGGAAAGGACAAGCUGAAAGGCGAGCCGCUGCCCUUGGCAGGCUUCGACUCCUUGAAGAGCGAUGUCCCCGCGGCGGUGAAGGCCGCGGACCACCCCGAGAACCGGCUGCUGCGUCCGCCCCACCGGACGCAUAUGCCCAACGCGCUGGAGGAGUAGCCGAAUUCCCAAAACCGCGGCAAGGGGUUUCAGAGCCUCGGGGCGAAAGACCAUGUCCGAAGAGGAAAACAAGCACAUCGUCCUGGGCGAAACGAGAGCUGUUCUUGUUGAGACAAGUCUUUCAGGAAGUCGUGGUGUUUUUGGUUGGGAGCCUUUGAUUUAAGAGCCCUGGCACAAGGGCUGUGGGCUUGCCAGAGGGCCUGUAACAUGUACUUGGCUUUGCAUGUUGCAUGGGCCGUUCAACACGGCCGAAUCGAAUGCGCUCGGAAUUGAAUUCAUCGGAGAAGGAGCUUAUCAAGCGUGCAUCCAAAGCCUCCUGCCAGGGGAAAAGCCAGGGUUCCCUGCUGUCCCCUUUGGUUUGUGGUUGUUAAACCUCUUGGGUGA